AUGCUCAGUUCGGUGUCAGUCUCCUCUUUCAAAGGACGCAAGGGUGGGAACAAGUCGCCCAACAAAGCAUGUUACAGUGCAGACAUGACUUGUCCGCCAGACAGCGAGAAAAUCGUAAUAAACUGCGGAGGGGUGCGACACGAGACUUACCGCAGCACCCUCAAAACUUUGCCCGGUACCCGCUUAUCCUGGCUUACCGAUCCGGACGCGUUUAGCAACUUCGACUAUGACCCCAAAAUCGACGAGUUCUUCUUCGACCGCCACCCCGGCACGUUCACGUUCAUCCUCAACUACUACCGCACAGGCAAGCUUCACUGUCCCAACGAUGUGUGCGGCCCACUGUUCGAGGAGGAGCUCGCCUUCUGGGGCAUCGACGAGACGGACGUGGAGGCGUGCUGCUGGAUGAACUACCGUCAACACAGGGAUGCCGAAGAGGCGCUGGACAGCUUCGAGCAGCCGGAGCCAGAGGAGCCGGAAGACGACCUGGAGCUGACUGCGGACGGAGAGCUCAAGAGGCUGUGCCUGCACGAAGACGGGCGCAAGAGGAGCUGGUGGAGUGUGUGGCAACCCUAUUUCUGGAAUCUUUUUGAGGAUCCGUAUUCUUCCAAGAAUGCCAAGUACUGUGCGUUCCUCUCCCUUCUGUUCAUCCUCAUCUCCAUCACCACCUUCUGCUUGGAGACGCACGAGGCCUUCAACACCAUCUACAACAAAACAGAAAACGUGACGGUGGGCAAUGUGACGCGUCAGGAGAUCGUCUACGAGGUGGUGACCGAUGGCUGGCUCACCUAUGUGGAGGGAACGUGCGUCAUCUGGUUCACCAUUGAGGUCAUGAUGCGCGUGAUCUUCUGCCCCUGCAAGAAGGAGUUCUUCAGUAGCACCCUCAAUAUCAUUGACUUUAUUGCCAUCAUGCCCUUCUACCUGGAGGUGGCGCUGAGCGGUCUGGAUUCCAAAGCCGCCAAAGACGUGUUGGGCUUCCUGCGAGUGGUGCGCUUCGUCAGGAUCCUGCGUAUCUUCAAGUUGACGCGUCACUUCGUGGGCCUGCGGGUGCUGGGCCACACGCUCCGCGCCAGUACCAACGAGUUCCUCCUCCUCAUCAUCUUCCUCGCCCUCGGAGUGCUCAUCUUCGCCACCAUGAUCUACUACGCUGAGCGCAUCGGCGCCGACCCUGAUGACCCUACGGCCGCCAAACACACAAACUUCAAGAACAUCCCCAUUGGCUUCUGGUGGGCUGUGGUCACCAUGACCACUCUGGGCUACGGGGACAUGUACCCCGAGACGUGGUCGGGGAUGCUGGUGGGCGCGCUGUGCGCCCUGGCGGGGGUGCUGACCAUCGCCAUGCCUGUGCCCGUCAUCGUCAACAACUUUGGCAUGUACUACUCACUGGCCAUGGCCAAGCAGAAGCUGCCCAAGAGGAAGGGCAAGCACAUCCCUCGGCCCACCAUGCCGGGCUCGCCCAACUACUGCAAGCCAGACGCCCUGGCCAUGGCCACCGCCGGGCCGGGGAUGGUGGGCUCAGGCAGCCUGGGGGGAGGGGACUGCCCUCUGGCUCAGGAGGAGAUCAUCGAGAUCAACAGGACAGCCAAGAAGAGGAACAACCAUAGGACACAAUUCACCCAGAGCUCCCUACUGGAUUCACUGUGGGCUGAAGGGAUACGUAACCGGAGAGAGAGGGAGAGGGAGAGAAAAAAGGAGAGCGAGCGAGAGAAAGAAAGAGAACUGAAGGUGAUGGUGAUACUGGGCGGAUGAUAGAGGACAAAGAGAGUCAAAGAGAUUUGUUCAUCCCUCCGCACCAGAAGCACCCUUCGUUCCUGUGGACUCCUCAAUCAGCACCAUCCUGUAGGAAAACAAACUCCAGACCAACAUAACAGACUUACAGACUGAAACACAUACCUUAUGUCAGCAUACUUUACAGUGUCUUAUUAUACUAAGUUUAUUGACAUUGAAAUCCCAGACAAAUGAUAAAAGAAACAAACAAUAGAACAGAAUGCCCCUAGGAAAGAGCCAAAGGGUUAUGGGACAGUAGGACAAUGUUCCACAACUUGGUUGUCAUCCUACUGUAUCAUAGACAAUGUAUGCUCUUAACCACUGUCAAAUGUUCCCUUAGACAAGUGACAUGUUACCGGCUCUCAGAUACAGUAUAUUCAAUUGUUUUUAAAUCUUCCUAUUUGGUACUUCAAAGAUUGGACAUACAGUACGGUAGGCAACAUAAACAAACUACUGCAGUGGUCUGAGAUCACUCAACACAGUCAGCGUGGAUGUGACUACAGAAAGGCGAGCCAGGUGCUAGCCAAUGGCAAAAUAUAUUUACAUAACAGUCAUUUUACUGUUUUGCAGCCAAACACUAUGCAAAGCUAUGAGGCCGAAUGACCAUUGCGUCCAGUGACUCUUGAGUCGGCCCACUAUGGUGACGCUACCUUAUGUAAAGUCAGUCACAGCUGUUGGACUGUUUUCAGUGAUUGACAGCCCUUCUCUUACCCUCUCACAAGAGACACACUUCAGAAGAUACUGAAUUAUGGGCCACAAUAGUAGAGCAACCAGUUAUAUAGUAUACCAGGCCAUUGGUCAUUUCAUAGAAACCUGCACAUAGGUCUGACAUACGAUACACACCCUGACUGACUGAUGUUGACUCGUGUUGCAUGAGAGAGGGUGUCGGCUGACCCUAACAGACCUACUCAUCGACCACUUUGAAGGAUUUGGGACUAAAGAAAACCAGAGUGUGUGUGCGCGUGUGAGAGUGUGUGCGCUGGAGAGUUGAGGAGGACGCCAAAGGAGAGAGACACUGGAAGCAUGACCGCAAUGCGCAUGCCAAGAACGCCAGCGACUGCUGGAAAACAAGGACAUACAUUGCCCUCUCUUUUUCGCUCUCAAUCGCUCCCUCUCUUUAUCUCCAACCCUCUGCAUCUCAGCAUUGCUGCUCCUCCUCCGUAGCAAACUGCAUGGCAUGAUCGAAAAAAAAACCUGAGGAACGAAACGUAGAGAACAAAAGGAUGGAGAGAGAGACCAGAGAGACUUUAUUUUUUAAACCAAACAAUCAUAGUCACAUCAACCUUUUUCAAAAAGAUCCAAUUGGUAACUAUUUGCAAGUGUCAAGAUAACAGAUGGUCAACUGCACGUUGAGAGAGUGGCUACUGUAAAGGUCUCUCUCCUUUCUGUAGAAAGGAGGAAGGUCAAAGAGCACUGCACCUCUGGGGGGAUCAGAAAGGUUCAUAAGGAAGUGUGAGAAAAGAGCGGGAAGAGGGUGAACUUUGAUAAACAAUUCCGGGAAAAAGUGAAAAUGCAUUUUUAUUACUUUGUUUACCAGCAUGACUAUUCUGCAUGAGUCUACUUCUGCAAGCCCUAACCCCACCCCCCUCCCUAAAAAAGAGGGCUAGGAAUUGAAAAAAUGUACAAAAUCGAGACGAAACAAAAAAUAUUUAUGUUAUAUGCAACUCAUUUUAAAAAAGAGCAGGAUUAUAUAAAAAAAAAAUCUAUAUUUUGUUUUGGGAUAAUAAAAAAAGGAAUAACGAAAAAAAUAUAUAAGAUUGCAAGAUACACAUUGAACAAUGUUUUCUUAGACAAAUAAGAUAAACACACACCACAUAAUCUACCAGAGAUGAACUGUGCGAGGAACUUCCCCUGAUACUACAACUACUCUACUACUACUUCGAUGACUACUCUUCUCCCUCUCUGCUACUUCUUAUUCUACUGCUCUCACUCUCUGGUCCUACCGCCCUGAUUGCGCCCCCUGCUGCCAAUUCUCUGUCUUCCACCCCACUGUCCAUCCAGGUCCCCUCUCCACUGUCUGUCUGCAUAACUCUGUUUAGUUGGACUGUGCUCAGAUCCGAUGGGUCAUAUUUACUAGGAUCCAAACGGGCCGGAACGGACUAUACCUGAACUUGUCUAACAAGUUUUCCGCUGCAAAGCUGUUUGCUACGGUGUGCACCAAUGAAUACGACCAUGAUGGACUCUGUUUUUGUUCUUUCAGUCUCGUGCUCAAGGUGGGAGAUGGCAGCUUCACCACCGGGACGCGGUUGUAGACUCGAAGGUCUCGGCUAACUAAAGCAGUUUAGCGAUACCUAGCAGAGAUUAAACCUCACCCCGUCCCCAGGCUAAAAACCCAAUGCGCAUUGGGAGAAAGUAUCUGAUCUGGUGAACGAGAUUAGCGAUGACCUAACACAACAAAUAACAUUGAUUGGCUUGUGUAGCCUAAUAAUAAUGUAGCUCUGACCCUGUACUGUAGCUAGCACCUGUAGCACUGCACUGACUGGCCAUAGAUAGCGCCAUAUUAGCUCAGCCCUGAUAUUGUAGCUAUACAAUGCGUAGCUUUGUGCUGCUAUGACAUAAUGUACUGUAGGCCUAUCUCCCUGAUUAUGGAGAUGUGUAUAACAUGUCGUUGUGGCAUUUAACCCCCCCAACUCGCUUACUCUACAGCCCAUGUGACAGUCAACAGUGUUUGUUUUACACAUGCUGGUGCCCCCGGCGUUGGUGAAGCAGCCAUCUUUGCUCCAUUUCCCAGGUGGGGAUAGCAUAUUGCCAGGAAAACUGCUGUUCAAAGAUGCGUGAAGGGAACGCCAAACUGUCUAUCUAUGCUAUCAUAAUGAGCUUAUCUAGAUAAAUUGUUGUCGUUUCUGUUGAUGAACAAAAGCUCUUGUUGACCUUCCACCACCCCUGCCUGUUUUGCAGUAUGGCUGUAUGCAUCGCACCAGGCACCUCACCACACACUCAACAACAACAUAUUUUUGGGUUUAUUUCCCCGUUUUUCCAUGUUUCUUUUCAAGUGAUUUUGUUGUUGUUGUGUUGUUUCUAGGCCUGUAUGUAUAGGUAAUAUCACCAGUCACCGCAAACCCGUAGCUAGGCCCACAUCAGAGUUGAGAUAAUAUGUCGUUUAUCCCCAAUGAAGAGUGCCAUCAUCUGAGCCGUGGUUAGUCUCUGGUGACACUGGUCUAGCCGAGUGUUACGGCAGAGCAGGGUUCAUCUCAAGGGUGUUAUUUAAUGUUACAAUCGGGGAGGAGGAGAGGAGUGUUAAUAAUGUUGGGGGUGGGGGUUAAAAUGACGUCACUUCAGACCGUGUCAAAUACAAUUUGGGUCACAUUCAUUUUCAUAUUGCUCGUUUUAGAUUUUUUUUUGUCUCAAAUGAGUGUUAACUUGUGUUCACUUCCCAAAACUGUUCCUUUUGUUUUUGUUUGUUUAUUUGUUAUUACGCAAUGAUGAUGAUUUUGAUGAUGUUCCAGAGAUGCUGGGGGCUAACUGUACUGAACUAACUGAGAACUGAGCAACUAACUAUGCAAGAGUUUGACUGUAGCCUACGACUAACUUCAGUGUUUCAUUGUGCCAAAGGAGUUCAGUGUGUUGGGUCUGUUUGUCUGUUGUGUGGGAGGGCAAGAAUGGGGCAGGGUAAGGAUGGAAAAGGGGGGCAGCUACUAUAUCUAGCAUGGUGCAUUGUUUACUGAAGUAAAUGGGGGUGUGGGGGUUAAAGUAAUUAGAAUAGGGGCUCCCCUGAAGACCUCUGGAGUUUGCCACUCAGGAUAUGUCCCUGUUCUCGCAGUUUUCAUUUGAUACACUGGAUCUCUGUCAUUCAUCACCUUAUGUCUGAUUCCUCCCCCUUUUCCUUCUCCUCGACCCCCAUCCCUUUCACAUUCAUUCCUUCUCCCUCUCAACUCCUGCCUACUCCUUCUCUCACUCUCUCCCUUUCCAAAAAAAGUUUAUUAUGGCACGAUGUUUGUUACAAAAAGAAUGAUUUGAAAUGAUAGCGAUAAGUAACCAUAGAUUAUGGAAGGUCGCAUCACUACUAGACAUUUCAUUCUGAAGAUGGAAAUGAUUGUUUGUGAGGUAGAGAAGGAGAGGGAUCGGGUGCAAGGUGGAUGGGAAGAAGAGGGGAUGGGCACAACUGGCUUAGAUACAGCUAAAGACAGAGGUGAAUGGAUCAUACCCCCCCAUCAACCUUCUGGUAGCACACCCCACACAGACACGUUAAAUGGAAACAUAGACCGUUCCAUUUAAAAUGUCAGGGGGGAGGGGGGGUCUAUUGUCAGAGCAAUAAUUUGUUCCAAACCCUUGAUUUUGUGGGGGAGUCCAAUGCCAUUUCCCUAAACUUACUGUCAAAGCAACCUUACCACCUGUAAAAAAAAAAAAAGGAACCUGUUAAAUACUUUAUUCUGUAUUGUUUUCAUCUUGAUUUUAAAGCAUGCAUACACAUCUAGUCUCCCUGAGUUUUGGGAUGGGUUUUCACAAAACAGGUGGUGAAUAUACUGUGAAUAACCGCCAUCUUACGUGAAUGACUGUACUACCACUGUGUGUCAGUGGGAAUGUAUGUGUGUGCGCUACCAGAAUACACGUUGUGCAGGUGGGGGUGUGUGUGAUCCUCCUCCACGCCCACUUGAGAGGAUUGACAGCUCAACACUUGCAUAACUUUACUUGAAACCCAAAUACAAAACAUAUCAAGAAAGGAGCAGAGUAAAGCCAGAAACCCCGCUGUCAUAUAUUCUCUUUCCCCGUCUUCCUCCCUCUCAUCCCCGUCUCCUAUCCCCCUCUCUUUCUCUUUCUCCACACAUUUUUGAGGAAGAAGCUCUUUUUGCAUCCUUGUUCUUGUGUUUUUCUAACAUAUUGUUUGAAGUUGAAUUCUAAUGCAUGCGUGGGAGAGGAAAAAAAAGACGACUUAACCUAUUUGUGAAUGGCCAGAAUGAAGUAACUCUCUUUUCGCCGGAAAUCUGUCUUCCUCUUUCUCUGUCAGCCAGUGGUGAGAUGAUGGGGGGGAAUAUGCAAACUGAAACACUCUUUAAAAAAAAUGUCUAUAUCACUGUUUUAUGUUCAUUUUUUUGUUGUCAUAUUUUUUGUUUACUGCAGUGUGGCUUGACUGAAUUGGUAGACAUACACUGGCCAUCUUUCUAUGUGUAUUGCACUUGGAAGGAAAGGGAAGGUGAAAUAGGCUCAGUUUCAUGAGUCCGAUAUCUUUCUUGAUACACAUACAACAGUUUGGGAGAUCUCAGCAGUGCUAUUAGCAUUGUGCCAAUCUGUCCAUGCUGUUCCAUUUUUACAUGUCCAUCUGUCUUUUGCAUCUGUACAUCUCUAUAUAUCAUUCUGCCUGUCACUUCUUCUGUCUUUAACAGUAGACGUAUCUAUUAAUCUACCCCUCUAGAUGCGUCAAUAUCAUUGUUUUGCUUCAUUUGUAUCAGUUGUUUUCUGUUCAUUUUCAUUAUUUGGUGUUUUUACUUCAUUUCUUAUCAUUUGGUGCCUUUGUUUACUCUUGUCUGAUUCAUGUUGUCGGUGAUUUGUGUUAUGAAUUUUACAUUUGAAAGAACAUUGCACUACUAGCGCCAAUGCAGCUAAUGUUUCUAUUGGUCCUGCCAACUGUUGUGACUACAUCGCCGCUAAGCGAAUAAGGCACUGGGUGCAGCCAUGCCACUUUCCUAUCAGGGGAGAAAGAGAGGGAAGACAGAGACGGAAGAAGAGAAGGUUACUACAAUAACACUGAAUGGGGUUUAUGCUAUAAAGACUGAUGCUGGAUACAAUUUUAAUGU